AUGACAACGCAACAGACCAUCAACAUCACAGAGGCAACAAUCAGCCAACUACAACAUGCUCUGUCUACAACAAAGUUUUCAAGCGUCGAGCUUGUGGCACGGUUCCUCCACCGCAUUGGGAAAUUCGACUAUCGCGGUCCUACACUGAACUCCAUCUGCAUCCUCAACCCUAAUGUCUUCGAAGAAGCUCAAGCAUCAGACGACUACCGAGCCUCUGGGAACCCUCCACGGCCUUUGGAAGGUAUCCCAUUUACGGUCAAGGACAGUUUUCAAGCAAAAGGUCUCACAGUCGCCGCGGCCUCCCCGGCAUUUGAACACUUGGUAGCGUCAUCAGAUGCCGCCGUCGUCGAGCUCCUUCGUGGUGCAGGUGCUAUACUUUUAGGAAAGACCAACAUGCCUCCCAUGGCUGACGGCGGAAGCCAGCGAGGUAUUUACGGGAGGUCGCUGAGCCCCUACAACCCAGAGUUUCUUUGCACAAGCUUCGCAUCCGGCUCUUCAUACGGUUCGGGUGUCGCCACCACGGCAUCUUUUGCUCCAAUCGGACUUGGAAGCGAAACUGUUUCGUCGGGCCGAGCACCAGCUUCUCACAACGCACUCGUUGGUUAUUCGCCAUCCAGAGGUGUAUUUUCUCCCCGCGGACUUUGGCCGUUGUAUCCAACCUGCGAUGUCGUGGUGCCUCAUACCAAGUCGGUUACCGACAUGCUAUCCUUGCUCAACGUUCUCGUCGCCGAUCACCCCCAGCCAGAGGGUGACUUCUGGCACGAGCAAGUGGUAGUGCCUAUUCCUCUCGCAUCAGAGAUACGCCCGCAAGACUACCGAAGCCUGGUGGAUGCCAAAUCAUUGGCAGGCAAAAGAAUCGCAGUUCCCAAGUGCUACAUUGGAAAACAGACGUCAUCUGGGUACUCUGUUGUCUGUACCGAAGCCACUCGUCAGCUUUGGGAGCAAGCGAGAGCGGAUUUGGAGGCGCUUGGUGCUGUUAUAAUCGAGACAGACUUCCCCUUGGUCGAGAACUAUUCCAAAAAGAACUUUUCUGGUCAAGCAGCGAGCGUUGUCGGCAUGCCAAGCACGUGGAUGGACACUGAGCGGUGUCAGAUGAUCGCCAUGGCCUGGGACGACUUUCUGAAGUACAACAACGAUCCAAACUAUCCUGGCCUGGAAGACGUAGACGGCCGCAAAAUCAAUCCCGGUUUUGCUCCGAUGGACGUCCCGGAAGAGUUCACCGAACAGCAAAACCAUGUCCGGUACGGGGAAAUGAUCAAUUUCAUCCGCCAAAGACCCGAGAGGCUGCAAGACUUGCCCGGGUACGUUGAAGCACUGGUUGCCCUCGAAGACGCUCGAAAGCGGGACCUCGAAGAGUGGAUGUGUGAGAACAACUUUGACGUUGUUGUCUUUCCGACAAAUGGAGAUAUCGGCAGAGCUGAUGCAGAAGAGAAGCGAGAGUCCAUGGUCCACACGUUGCAGGAUGGCGUGAAGUACUCCAACGGCAACCGAGUGAUGAAGCAUCUAGGCGUACCGGCAAUCACAGUUCCAAUGGGAACUUUGUCGGAUAAGAAAAUGCCUGUGGGUCUCACGUUCGCUGGCAAGGCGUGGAGCGACCCCGACCUUUUACGGUAUGCAUUUGCGUACGAGACUGCAACGAGACGCAGGGAAGACCCUCCUCAAGCACCAAGCCUGAUCACUGACACAGUGAGUCUAGUGGAGGGCUCACUGCAAGGUAGCACCAGGCCUGGGCUAUUUAUCGAAGACAUUCAUGUGGAAAAAAUAUCGGAGGGGGGAUCUGAGGUUCGCCGUGUCUCAAUACAAGGUUCAGUGCAGUUGAACGACUCAUCUGUACGUGUCGAGAACAUUCAGAUUUUUACAAACGGAGAUCUCGCAAGCCCGGUCACUUUGAACGGGAGCCACUGGCAUUGGGAUGCUGAAAUAAUGCGAGAGCGCCUGGCAGAGAAGUAUCCGACCCCAGCAAAAACGCAUCGGGAGCAGUUCAUGAUUGUGGUCGUUGCCAAAGCAUCAAACGGUAGAUCAUCAGCGCAGUUACUUAUAGUUGGUUAA